AGCGUUAAUCAUACCCAUUACUCGUGCUGUGUAGACUUAACAGAAUUUCAUCAGUUGAACAUUUGUGAGACAUUUGUGUGAAAAGAUCUGCUUGAAAAUUAUAACUUUAAGACAUGGGGAUACUGUUUUCAAAGUUCCGGUAUGCGCCUUCGUCCGCUGAGGCUAAAACAGACGAAACUCCGGAGUCAUAUCAGCCAGCUGUUGGUGACAGAGCAAAAAGCGAGCCAGCUCUCAUUGGUUCGGAAGUCGACGAUAUCCAGAAAAAGGGAAAGUCUCUUGGAGAUUUAGAGACCAUGGCGGAGGUCGCUCCACAGGUAUCUGAAAAUACUGGUGCAGAUGAGUCAGGCCGAGAAACACCGGCAGAGGUUAAAGCUGUUGUUGAAGAUGCACUCCAAACAGCUGAACAAGCCUCUGAAUCACAAGCAAACGGUGAAGUAGAAAAACAAGACAGUGAGACAGAGCAACUUGUACACCAAGAGGACGUAAAUCCUGCUGAUUCGGAUUCAGUAUCAAAGGUUGAAGCGCCGGUGGAAAAUGUAAGCACUGAAGCUACAGAAACACCAGCUGAAAAUGGAGCAUCGCCCGAGGUGGUAAUAUCAAAACCAACGGAACCGCAUGAGACACAAUCUGAUGUGUUAGAAAAAGCUGGAGAGGGGACGCCUGCUGAACCGGUAUCCACAGAACCUGCAGUGGAGGAACCUGUAUCUGCUGAACCUACACAAGAAGAGUCAUCACCAGCAGAGGCUGUACAAGAAGAACCCGCUCAGCCUUCAUCUGAACAAGUCGUUCAGGAAGAGUCUAUACUUGCUGAAUCUUCAAGCGAACAAUCUGCACCUCCAGAGCCUGCCAAGGAAACUUCACCCCCUGAACCAGCAAAGGAAGAGCCUGCACCCCAGGAACCAGCAAAAGAAGAGCCUGCACCUCAAGAGCAAGCAGCAGAAGAACCUGCAGCCCAAGAACCCGCAACAGAAGAGCCUGCACCCAAGGAACCAGCAGCAGAAGAACCUGCAACCCAAGAACCUGCACCAGAAGAGCCUACACCCAAGGAACCAGCAGCAGAAGAGCCUGUACCCCAAGAACCCGCAACAGAAGUGCCUGCACCCAAGGAACCAGCAGCAGAAGAACCCGCAACAGAAGUGCCUGCAGCCAAGGAACAAGCAGCAGAAGAGCCUGCAUCCCAAGAACCUGCACAAACAGAAUCUACACCAGAGCAGUCCACAACUGCAGAACAGGUGCCGGAAGCACCUGCACCUGCAGAAGAGGCGUCUGCACCUUCUGAAAGCACACAAGAAGAGACUGUACCUGCAGACUCUACUCAAAAAGAACCUGAACAAUCAGAACCUGCGCCAACCGAAAAUGCAACUGCAGAAACUACACCUGAAGAGCCAGCUUCACAAGAAGAAUCUGCAGCUGAAGAAUCUUCCCAAGAACAACCUGCUUCUCCAGAGUCUGCAAAAGAAGAUUCAUCACCAGUAAACACAUCAGAAGAAGAACCCACAAAAGAAGCAACUUCAGAUGCAGUAUCUUCAUCAAAAACAGAUAACAAAGAACAAGAAGAUCCUGCAUUUCGUGCAAACGAUGAAGAUGCAUCAACCGAGGCAAAAGCGGCUUCGAGCGAGGAAAAGGCUAAUACAGAACCUGAAGCAGCACCCACGGAGCCAGAGGUAGCUCAGACUGCUAGCACAGAAGAGCCUUCGACAGAAGAGCCAUCAACACAGGAAAAGGCAUCGGAAGAUGUACCUUCCGAAUCACAACAGACUCCUGAUGAUACUUCUGCAGAAGCACCUGUAGUUGAAACUCCAUCAGAAGCUCCAACUGAAACUGAAGUAGAAAAGCAGUCUGAGCCAGCUGCGGAAACCCCAGCUGAAAGCAAACCAGAAACACCGGUUGAGGCUCAAGCGGAACCACAACCUGAGUCAGAAAAACCUGCUGACACACCAUCAGAAUCAGUAGAGGCUGCCCCUGAACCAUCCGCUGAGACGCAGUCAGAGACAACCACUGAACAAGCUGCAGAAGCGCCAGUUGAACAAUCAGAAGAAUCUGUCACUGAGCCAGCAGCGGAAACACCAAGUGAGAAAUCAGCAGCAUCUGAGCCAGCCACUGAAUCUACAACGGAAGAGCCAGCUGAACAACCGGUAGAAUCUGGACCUGAAUCAGCAGCUGAACAGCAGUCCGAGUCCACCGGUCAACCAGCUGAAACAUCAGCUGAGCAGUCACCUGAAACAACUGCUGAAACAGCCGCCGAACCACAGCCAGAAUCCGUCAGUGAAUCAUCCGAACAACCAGCUGUGUCUGUGCCUGAACCAGCUGCCGAAUCACAUUCAGAGUCAACCGCAGAACCAGUUGCUGAAGCACCAGUUGAAAAGCCAGCUGAAUCCAUGCCAGAACAAGCAGCAGACGCACAAACUGAGAACACAUCGGAGGAGCCAAAAGCAGAGACACCAAAACAGGACACAGAAUCGUCUGCGGCACCGGAACAAUCAUCCGAGCAGGCGUCUUCCUAAGGCUGUAUUCCAUAUUAUUCAAUUUUGAUUAAUUUUGACAGGAACAAAAUGUUCCAUCCUUUCCAAUCAUAGUCUGUGAUGUUCCAAUAUUUUCAUGUCAAUCAAGAUUCGUAAUAUGUCAUUUAUAUUAUUUGUGUAUACUUGUAAAUAGCUUGUUCUGUGUUAGACAAACUGUAUCACUUUCUAAAUAAUCAACCGUACAUUUCCUAACAAACGCUUUCAAAAAGGAUAUGCAAUAGUUUAGGAAACGAGCUUGGCAUUAUAGCUAUAAAGGAGAACGGAUGCAAGUUGUGAUACAUUUUUUGUAAUCGAUUAAAACUGGCAUUAUUUUUAAUACGCGUUUUGUAUAUUCUUAUUUUUGGAGUCAACAACGACGAUUGACACACCACUGAUGAAAUAUGUUUGUUUUAGUGUUAUUGUAUGCGCCCAAUUGACUAACAUGAAAAAGAUAUCUAUAAGCGAAUUUUAUGUAUAUAUAUAUGCCCGCCACAUUGAUUUCUUUUCGUACAUAUGACACAAUAUGUACAGUGUUUAUACAGUUAACUUGAAAAGAGUAACUUUAAAGUGUCAAUGUUCUGGAAUGGGAAGAGAAAGAGGCACCGACAUAUUAUCAGAGUUGUGAUUCAAACUUUGAAUCGAUAAAAAGACAUCAAGGGACGCCGAGACAUUCCGAAAAGACACAAGGAGGAUGUUACACUGUCCUGGGUAUUCUAGAGUGUCUUCUGCUUCAUCGUCUCCGUCUAGUAUAUUUCGUUAAAUCCACGGAGGAAGGCUCGCCUGUUCAAAUGAGAACAAGGUUAACAACAACGAAAUCAAAUGGCGCACUGACGAGCAUUGAACACAUUUUAUUGCCCAGAACAUAAGGAAAUAAAAUGUAUCCAAUUUAGGUCAUGGUAAUAUCUGUGCUGUUUACAUACACCACGUGCAAAUAUAGGACGCGAUUCACAUUUCAGUUCGGAGCUCUGUAGGACUUUUCUAUAUUACAUUUCUUUAUUCAUUUACUUUUA